GAGCCGCCGUGCUCUUCCUGCCUGCGGCCGAGCAACAAGUCCUCAACAAGUCCACAAAAAGUCCACAAGAUGUUCGUCUUUGUGCAGAAAGAUCCGCUCCAAAUUGCAAAAUGACAAAAGGUGUCCGCGGGCGGCGGCGGGGACACGCGUGACGUGUCUGUGGAAGUAGUCUGCGUGGAAGAUGCUGGGCAUGUACGUGCCGCACAGAUUCUCCCUCAAAGCCUCCAAAGUCCAGGACGGGAUCGGCCUUUUCACGGCGAGGCGGGUGAAAAAGGGAGAGAAGUUUGGACCCUUUGCAGGCGAGAAGAAGCUUCCUUGCGAGCUGGACGAAGGUUCUGACAGCAGACUUAUGUGGGAGGUCCGCGGCAGCAAGGGGGAUGUUCUCUACAUCCUGGACGCCAGCAACCCGCGCUACGCCAACUGGCUGCGCUUCGUCCACCAGGCACCUUCGCAGGAGCAGAAGAACCUGGCGGCCAUUCAGGACGGAGAGAACAUCUUCUACCUGGCUGUGGACGACAUCGAGACGGACACGGAGCUCCUGAUUGGCUUCCUGGACAGCGACAUGGAGGAGGAGGAGGAGGAGGAAGAGGAGGAGUUGACCAAGGAUGAGGAGGAGAGCAGCAAGGAGGCCAAGCACCUUCUAGAAAUGGAGCUGGUCAUCAAGAAGGAAGACCACCCCUGCCUGCUGUGUGAGAGCAGCUUCCCCAGUGAGGAGAUCCUGGCGGCCCACCUGCAGAGUCUGCACCAGAGACCCAGCACCGAGGACAAGGACUUCAAGUGCAGGAACUGUGGCAAGAAGUUCCCUGUCAAGCAAGCCCUGCAGCGCCACGUGCUGCAUUGUUCAGAAGCAGCCAGUCCUUCAGGAGAGUCCAAGGCCCAUCAGUGUUCGUUGUGUCACAGCACCUUCAGCUCAGAGUCCAGCUUCGAGCAGCACAAGGAGGCGUGCAGAGGAGACGCCAGGUUCAUCUGCAAGGAGGAGAGCUGCGGGAAAAGGUUCAAGAGCAAGGACGCUCUGAAGAAACAUAAAGGCAACGUGCACACAGGGAGUGCAAGAAGGAAGCUCACCUGUACGAUAUGCAACAGGAAGUGUUCCUCUUCUCUCAAUCUACAAGAACAUAGAAAGAUCCAUGAAAUAUUUGAAUGUCACGCCUGCGACAAGAAGUUCAUCUCCACCAAUCAGCUCAAGCGUCACAUGAUCACACACUCAGAGAAGCGGCCGUACACCUGCGAGAUCUGCAGCCGCUCCUUCAAGCGCCUGGACCAGGUGACGGCCCACAAGAUCAUCCACAGCGAGGACAAGCCCUACAAGUGCAAACUGUGUGGGAAGGAGUUCGCCCACAGGAACGUCUACAAGAACCACAAGAAGACACACUCGGAGGAGAGACCCUUCCAGUGCGAGGAGUGCAAGGCUCUCUUUCGCACACCCUUCUCUCUACAGCGCCACCUACUCAUCCACAACAGCGAGAGGACCUUCAAGUGUGACCAGUGCAACGCCACCUUCAAGCGGAAGGACACGCUCAACGUGCACAUCCAGGUGGUGCACGACGGCCACAAGAAGUACAAGUGUGACCUGUGUGAGAAGGCCUUCGUCACGCCCUCCGUCCUCAAGAGCCACAAGAAGACGCACACGGGCGAGAAGGAGAAGAUCUGUCCCUACUGCGGACAGAAGUUUGCCAGCAACGGCACGCUGAGGGUCCACAUCCGCAGCCACACAGGAGAGCGACCCUAUCAGUGUCCGUACUGCGACAAAGCCUUCAGCAAGAAUGAUGGACUAAAGAUGCACAUCCGCACGCACACACGAGAGAAACCCUACAAGUGCAGUGAGUGUAACAAGGCCUUCAGUCAGAAAAGAGGACUGGAUGAACACAUGAGGACUCACACAGGAGAGAAACCUUUCCAGUGUGAUGUGUGCGACCUGUCCUUCAGCCUGAAGAAGAUGCUGAGUCGACACAAGUUGACCCACAACCCCAACCGUCCAAUGGCGGAGUGCCAGCUGUGCCACAAGAAGUUCACCAGGAACGACUACCUCAAAGUGCACAUGGAGAACGUCCACGGAGAAACCGAGAGCUAGGACUCCUCCAAGAACCGGACACCUUGGUGGAUCCUGAAGGUCUUUGGUGAUCUCGCUGCUGUCCGUCACACUCAAGUCUUACAUUUCCUGUCUGACCUAGUACUAGUACUAGUCCUAGUUAGUUAAAAGUACUAGUACGAGUCCUACUACUUUUAUACUCGCAGUACUGUGGAAAUGUCCAGCAGUUAUAUCCAUGACCAGUCUACUUCCUGCUACUACUUCCUGCUACUACUUCCUGUUUAUACUUCCUGUUUAUACUUCGUGAUUCUAAUUCCUUCCUCUAAGUCCUUCUACUACUUCCUGCUACUACUUCCUCUCUCUACUUCCUGCUACUACUUCCUCCCUCUACUUCCUGCUACUACUUCCUCUCUUUACUUCCUGCUACUACUUCCUCUCUCUACUUCCUGCUACUACUUCCUGUUUCUACUUCCUGUUUAUACUUCCUGAUUCUAAUUCCUUCCUCUAAGUCCUUCUACUACUUCCUGCUACUACUUCCUCUCUCUACUUCCUGCUACUACUUCCUCCCUCUACUUCCUGCUACUACUUCCUCUCUUUACUUCCUGCUACUACUUCCUCUCUCUACUUGCUGCUACUACUUCAUGUUUCUACUUUCUGCUACUACUUCCUCUCUCUACUUUCUGCCUCUAAUUCCUUCCUCUAAGUCCUGCUACUACUUCCUCUCUCUACUUCCUGCUACUACUUCAUGUUUCUACUUCCUGCUACUACUUCCUCUCUCUACUUCCUGCUACUGCUUCAUGUUUCUACUUCCUGCUACUACUUCCUCUCUCUUCGUCCUGCUUCUAAUUCCUUCCUCUAAGUCCUGCUACUACUUCCUCUCUCUAAUUCCUGCUACUACUUAUUCUCUCUACUUCCUGCUACUACUUCAUGUUUCUACUUCCUGCUACUACUUCCUCUCUCUACUUCCUGCUACUACUUCAUGCUACUACUUCCUGUUUCUACUUCCUGUUUAUACUUCCUGAUUCUAAUUCCUUCCUUUAAGUCCUGCUACUACUUCCUGCUACUACUUCCUCUCUCUACUUCCUGCUACUACUUCAUGUUUCUACUUCCUGCUACUACUUCCUCUCUUUACUUCCUGCUACUGCUUCCUCUCUCUACUUCCUGCUUCUAAUUCCUGUUUCUACUUCCUGCCCCUAAUUCCUGCUUCUACUUCCUGCUACUACUUAAUACUACUACUUCCUGUUUCUACUUCCUGAUUCUAAUUCCUUCCUCUAAGUCCUGCUACUACUUCCUGCUACAACUUCCUCUCUCUACUUCCUGCUACUACUUCAUGUUUCUACUUCCUGCUACUACUUCCUCUCUCUACUUCCUGCUACUGCUUCCUCUUUCUACUUCCUGCUUCUAAUUCCUGUUUCUAUUUCCUGCCCCUAAUUCCUGCUACUACUUCCUCUUUCUAAUUACUUUUUCUAGUUCCUGCUGUUACUUCCUGUUUAUACUUCGGGCAUCCAUAGACAUCUUAUAAGUAGACACAGCAUUGGCUGCUGUGACGCGAGAAAUUGGGCCGCCAUCUUGAAGUGGUGAUGAGGAGCCGGCGAGCAGCCUAAACUGACAGUUGACAGGUAGAAAACAAAGAUGGUGUUCAGCGUUUUCCUGCUCAAAUGAGCGGACCGUUGAAAAUAGGAAUCGGGGGAUUACUUUUCACAAGUAAGAUUUAACAUUAACGUACCAUUGGUUGUAUUUUGUGAAAAUAUUAUUACCACAGAGUUGAUCUUCAAUAGUACUGAUUAUGAUGCAUUCUCAUUUUAGGCAAAGUAUAAGACAAUACUUUCUUAACAGUAUAGUUGUAACCAGGAAUAAGUCUUCAAGUAACAAUAUUCAAAUACUAACAUUGUUGGGUAAGACAGAAUUUUGUUUUAUUCUGAAUGCAGUGAAACAGAUUGGUGGUUUUAGCUGAUAUAAAGACUUUCAGGUGUUUAUGUUGAAGUAUUUGGCAGACGCUUUUAUCCAAAGCGACAUACAUAUAAAACAAUCACUCUAAAUAUGAUCAUUUAAGUUAAGAAUGUAAUACAACAUAUCAAUACGAAGUGUCAAGACAGAAUAAACUCUGCAGUCUAUAGGUCCCUAAGAUAUAUAGAUAUCUAAUGUAUUCAUACAUUGUUUAUGUAGGAUAUACGCAUGUAUAUAUAUAACCUAAUCAUAUUGUUUCUUCAAUUUAAAAAAGCUGACCGUUUUUCCCCUUCUCUGGGAUUAUAUUCCCAGUUUUGAUCUCGUACGUCUGGUCACUUAUAGCAUAUAAGAAUAAUCUAUUACUGUUACGCAAACUAUGAAUAAUAAAACACGCCAAAACAUAUGUCCUUUAUCAUAGCUACAUGUAUGACAAAAAAGCGGGUAAAAAUCAGUGGUAUUCAGUGAGGCAAAAUAAAUUAAAUGCAGUUCAUUGCUCCUGCCAAAUAAAUUGCACUGAGUGAAGCGGAUCACCACUCCAAGAUGGCGGCCCCGCGUCUCGUCAGCGCCAGUAGGCAGUAGCGCUCCAUGCUGCGUACCCUUACAAGAUGUCUAUGCCUGCAUCUAAGUCCUGCUACUACUUCCCGUUUCUACUUCCUGCUUCUAAUUCCUGCUAUUACUUCCUGUUUCUACUCCCUGCCUCUACGUCCUGCUACUACUUCCUGUUUCUACUUCCUGCCCCUAAUUCCUGCUACUACUUCCUGUUUCUACUUCUUGCCUUUAAUUCCUACUACUACUUCCUGUUUCUACUUCCUGCUACUUCUUCCUGCUUCUACGUCUUCCCUUUAAUUUCUGCUAUUACUUCCUGUGUCUACUUCCUGGUACUACUUGAUGUUACUACUUCCUGCCAUUGCUUCCUGCUAUUACUUCCUUCCUCCGAUCCCUGUUUCUACUUCCUGCUACUACCUCCUACUUCUACUUCUACGUCUGCGUCCUGCCUCUAAUUCAUGCUUCCAUUACUCCUUGCUACUACUUCCUGUUUAUAUGUCCUGUAUUUACUUCAUGCCUCUACUUCCUGCCUCUAAUUCCUGCUCCUGUUUCCUCCUACUUCCGGUUUCUACUACUUGCUUUUAAUUUCUGCUAUUACUUUCUGCCUUUACUUCCUGCCUUUACUUCCUGUUACUACUUCCUGCUUAUACUUCUUGCCUUUAAUUUCUGCUGCUACUUCCUGCUUCUACUACUCCUUGCUACUACUUCCUUCUAAUGCGUCCCGCUUUUCAUUUAUGCUACUACUUAAUGCUUUAUUCCUUCGACUACUUCUUUUGACUACUUCCUGUUUCUACUUCCUUCUAUUACCUCCUGCCACUACUUCCUGCUUCCUGCAACAACACAGUAUGUAGUACAGUAACUACUUCCUGCCACAACACAGUAUGUAGUACAGUAACUACUUCCUGCAACAACACAGUAUGUAGUACAGUGACUACUUCCUGCAACAGCACAGUAUGUAGUACAGUAACUACUUCCUGCAACAACACAGUAUGUACUACAGUAACUACUUCCUGCAACAACACAGCAUGUAGUACAGUGACUACUUCCUGCAACAACACAGUAUGUAGUACAGUAACUACUUCCUGCCACA